AUGAUAAAUAAUAAACGUAAAGUUCACAUUGGGGACAAAGGCAAAUGUUUGUGGCAACGCUAUUGGUUAAGGUUCUCCCUCCUGAAGGCCCAUUGGCAAGUUGGCCCUCUUGGGGCGGGCCAUUGUCGCACUAUUCGAGGUCGUGAUUGGCUGUUAGACAUACCGGGCACACACUCGUAGCGAAUGAUUGGUCUGAAUCGUCUGAGUGUAGGGCAAUGGUGAAACCUGGGCGCCGUUCGGCAUGAAAAUGUCACACCAACAUCGACUUGUGUGAUGAUUUAGAAACAACGCCUAAAGAUGUCUAUACGUCCUCGACGCAUGCUUCAGUGAAAACGUUUUUAGCUGUGACUUGGGAUCAGGAAGGAGACUUGAAAGCUGGAUAGACACAACAAUGAGGCUCAGCCUCCACAACCUCAACACUUGAGCUCAUCUUGAGCCCUACAAGAGAGAGUGACAAAUCAUGACAAGUGUUGGCGUUGAAGCAGAGAUGGAGCAAUAUUCAAUAGAUAAUGUUGGAAAAGGUCAAACGGGAUCAUCAUGCGAGACCCUACAGUUAGCAGGUGGCAACUCCACAAUGGAGCAUUCCCAUCACCAGCAAUUAACGGAAAGGGAAUCCCCUGACAGCCCUUCCCCAGUCAAAAGAUGGGAGCUUGGUCCAUUUCUACAAUCAUUCAAAUCCAAAAUGGCUAGCUUUACCGAGAUCGUCAUGAGCCCCGUCCGACUCUUUAAGCAAGCUGACCCGCUGUCCUCUAUUGUGCUUCCUGAUCAGCAUGAAAAGCUCGUAAUUGAGUCAAACAUGGAAAGUUCAAUCCAGACUGAGGAAGGAGACGUUACAAAUGGUGAAUGUAAGAAUGAGUUGUUGUCUAAAAGACCCUCAUCAGAAAAAAUGCAGUGUAACUCUCUUCCAAAACGGCACAGAGUUGCACAAAGACUGAAUUUUGAUACCUUUUCAAGUAGCAACAAGGAACCAGUAUUGGAACAUAAUGAAGUUUAUGAUAAUGCACAGGAAACAUCCAAAGAUAAUGAGAUAGACCGUCCAUCUCUUCACCCACAAAUCAUCCUUCAAAAUAAAAAUUGUCAUACCCGUCCUUGUACCGCACAAAGUCCUUAUCUCAGGUCUGGAUUAAAUUCGUCCUCAGACAAACUUUUAAAUACUACAAAUGCCAUGCAUGGGUCUUUUCAAGAUGCUACUGUUGUGAUACAUCGGCUGUCAAGUACACAGAGUAAUGAGAUGGGCUGCGAACAUGGUAGGGAGUCCACCGCUGUACCUGCAGAUAGAACAGAAAAAACUUUCUUGAACAACCCUGAGAUUUCUAGUACUACUGAAUAUCAUUUGAAAGAUGAAGACACAAAGAGAGACUGCAGUGAAGAGUCUUAUUCACAAGCCACAAGAAAAAGUCCUAGAAAGUUGUUUAAACCUUUAUCGGGAACUGCUGGGUCCACCCCAACUAAAUUGGCAACUUUUGGUAGGGGACCAGUGGAUGGGAUGAAGAAUUUACAGUCUGUAAGUGUUAACGUCCAGACAUACCACUCCAUUGAAGUAUCAGACCCUCCAAAGAGCACUUCGGUUGGAAAUGUGAGGUCAAAGAGAGGCAGAGGAGCACUCAGAACAGAGACAAAGAAAGACAUUCGGACAAGUCAGAAAUGUGAUUUGCGGAAAGCAGAAGAGGAAGGCCUUAGACGUGCAAAGAAUAAAAAAGUCAAGGAAAGCAGCAUCACUUUAGAAGAGAAUCAGGAGGAUAUAAUUUAUGUUCAGGUCAGGAAAAAGAGGAAAGGAUUUUCUACCUCACAAAAGCUUCAAGAUUCAAAUAUUGGCCUCGAUACAAGCAAUACUGCAGAUGUUGACAUAAGACAAUCUGAGACCUCCGAGUCUUGUGAGGCCACAGAGAUUCAAGAAAAGAGAAAAAAAUUUCAGACUAGAAAAAAUAAAAAGUGUAGGAUGUUACAGGCCUCCAGCAAUAAAAGUGAAUGCACUGAUACAACAGAGGAUGCUACAAGACAUGUCUUAACUGACAGCAAUACCAACAUCAUGAAUGAUUGUAAUUGUGAAAUUUCAAGACUGUCACAAUUGCCAGACUUAAAGGAUUCGGUGCAGACACACGAGGCUGAGAAGACAAAAAUACGAAAGACAAGACAACAUGUUUUUAAAAAUGCAGAUGAUGCAUCUUCGCAGAAGAGGAUUCUUCGUACAACCAAGCAUACAUUUAAAGAUUAUAGUGCAAUUUCAGUAGCUGAUCCAGCAGGACCUAGUGGACCUUCAAGAAAAACAGCACUUCAAAAUAAAUCUAUUAUUGCAGCCGAUUCCAGAGUUUCACUUCAGUCUGAUAGAGAAAGAAAACGAAGCAGAACGACAAAGAUUUUAAACAGACAAAAAAGAAGUAUAACAAAAGGCAAAGACAAGGCAGAGAUCCCAGAAAACGCUGAAGCCAUUCCAGUAUUGUCAUUGUCAGGUAGCGGCUCCAACCGCCUCCUGCGCAGCUACUCCUGCCCUGAAAUCCCCUCCCUGUUAUUCAGUGACUGUCACGUUACCCCGUCCCAUACGCAUGACAGAGGUUCCACCUCACCCACCAAAAAAACACUUCCCGUCCACCUUCACUCUCCGUCCAAGCGCCUACGCCGGCACACUGUCUGUAGUGUGGAGAUUGAGCGCGAAAUUGCCCCCCUAUGUCUCCGUAAGGAGGUGUACCCUGCUAGUAGGGGUGGCCCUUCCCACUCGUUAUGCCCCUCUUCUCCGUUAUCCCCAGCCGCCUCUUAUUCGCCCUCCAACUCUCUCACAGCACAUGCCUCAUGUUUUUUGUCCAGUCCUUUAGCAUUCUUGUCUAAAAACUCAAGCCUAGGGCGAGGUCAUGAUAUUGACAUCGUCAAUGGAAGUGCUCGUUUAGAUGUCACCUCUUUUAGCUCCACUUCCUCAACACCAUCCUUGUGCAGAUCUUCCUUUGCAUCCACUCCUACAUUCUCCAGUCCUUUAACUUCCACUGUUGUCACUCCCAGUCCUGAGAUACCUUCUGCCUCUGUGUCAUCACUCUGCAGUGCGUUUUCAAGUUCUUCAGAUGAAGAGAAUGGAACUCUGCAAAUGGAUGGUCAGGAAUCCAUGGAUGAGGAAAAGGCCUUCGGUCUUAAACUCUCUACAGCCAUCUCAGAAGAUAAAGCAUUUUCAGACUCUGAAAUCAAGACAGACAGCAAGGAUGGUCAGCGAGGAAAGGUGUCCUCUAUUCGUAUCUGUAAAAAGCUUCCAAAACCUCAGAAUAAUCUCACACCUAUGGGCCUUCCUAAAGUCAUCAGAAUAAAGAAGAAGGAUUUCAGCUUGGAGGAAAUCUACACCAACAAAAACUUCAGUAAACCCCCUGAUGGACGUUUGGAAACCAUCUUUGAGGUUCCUUUUAACCGGCGAGAUGGCUCUCAGGCUGUCGUAGGCCCAAAAAAGGUAAAGCGCUUUGUUGAAUUCCCUGAACUGGGUGUUGCCAGAAAGCCCAAAAAGCCUCUGGUUGUUGGGAUGACAGGGGGUGGAGCCCAAAGAAAAGCAGGAGGGAACUCCGCGAUCUCCAGAACCAGAAGAGGUGUAGGGGCGUCUUCUAAAGCGGAGGAUGUGCUUACCCUGCAGCAGUUAGAUUCACUCCUUUGCUCCAAGCUUGAAGAACUAGACACCUGGAUGGCACUCCAACAGGUUGCAUGCUGAGGCAGAGAUCUUGUUUGGUUUGUACCAAACAAUGUGCUUGAUUCUCAUGCAUUUUGUAAAAUGACAUUUUGUAAAUUAAUUAAAGCAACAUUAAAAAUAGAAAUUCAUUAGCAGUUUUUGUAGGGUGGUUUGAUUUGUAUUUGUCUGUAUAAUUGUUAACUGUACAGUUAGCUCUGUUCUGUUUUGUUUUAUAAUCUUUCAAAGGAUAAGCACUUGUUUACAUUAUUACAAUAAGCAAUAGCGCUAUUAUUUCACCACAUCAAAGUGUUUUCAAAAUAAGACUUCUUGCUAGAACAUGCAUUUAACAAAAACCCACCCCUCUUUAAAUGUAUUCCAAAUGAAACUCUUCUUUGGUGAAAUGAAUGCCUUAUUAUACGCUCUUGUUGUUUGUGUGUGUGUGUGUUUGAAUGUUUUUCAUAAUAAAAGAAGUCAUAGCACAAAGGCCUUUACAAAGUUGCAGUGGCAGCAUUGAAAACUGUAUUUUGCAACUGAGCAAUGUUCAGUUUUUUGUGUUCAUUUAAAAGCAUAAUGGAUUCAAAGUUUCAGUGCAUUCUGUGUUCAUACUCAGGUACUGUAAAUAUAGAUCAAUCGUCUCAUUUGAUGUUUCAAUGAUACUGCUUGUGGUGUUUGAACACAAGGUUGGUGUAUAAAAUAGUUUCAUAUGUAUAGAUGUCUGGGUCCUCUUUUUUUGAUGGAAUACAUUUUGAGCUGUUUUGUAUUGUAAUAUUUGUUAGUCGUUUGUAAAAAUAUCACAAUGGAACGGUGUGUUUUGACUGUUAACACUUUUUUAUGACAAAACUUAUUACAAUGUACAAAACAUUUAAAGCACAAG